AACAGUCUGCAUGCACACAGGCUAACGGCUAACAGGGCUAGCUGCUAAACACCAGCAUCAACGGACGCGUAAUGACGACCACACUUCCUGUCGAGACUUCCAACAUAAAACACUGACUAACUUCAUGUUUACAUUAUCACGAUUUAUUAGAGACCACAUUCAAAACUUUUAUUUAUGACUUAGUGAAAACUGAGGCGACAAUCAACCACACUUACUACAUGUAAGGGGAAAUCAUACAGUCACGGAUCUCCUGCUAAUUUUCCAUUAUGUGAGCUCAUAUUCUGGGAAGUGAAAUGAUUGGUUAAACGGUCAGAGAAAUGUUCAUUUUCUGCCUCUUAAAUAUUAUGGCGCUCUGCUUGUCUCAGAUCAACAUCUUAAUAAACGGAUUAAUAAGACAUAUGAAUAUGUCCCCCUCGACUGAGAGGAACUGGGGUGGCUGGGUUUCUCUACUUACUAACAUCUAUAGAGUACAGGAGCAUACAGACUAACCAAUGAUGACAGGUAACCAGCCUGACAACCUACACAACACUGAUAGUGUUUCUAUCCUGCGAACUGAUCGUAAACCUCCCUGAGAACGGUUGACGCUCUUAUUUUGAAGGCUACACCUCUAACAUCCGGGCGGGUACCGGCCGCCUCUCGGUAACUUUCCGCAGUAAACAAGCCCGGAGGAGCCCGACAAGCCGCAGCGGCGCCUAAUGCUCAUGUUUUGAGCCUUGUGUAUGAAAGUGUGCACAUUACUGAGCUGUCCGUACUCACCGCAGAGAAUUUAGCGCAAAAACCUCCGCACACCGGGCGGGUUGUUUUCGCUAGCCGGCUAGCGUGCUAACAUUAGCAGAGAGAAGCGCUGGCUGGCUCCUAACAAACCUGGACACGAUGUCGUUGGUGGACCUGGGGAAGCGUCUGCUGGAGGCAGCUCGGAAAGGUCAGGACGAUGAGGUCAGAAACUUGAUGGCCAACGGAGCGCCGUUCACCACCGACUGGCUGGGGACGUCCCCCCUCCACCUGGCUGCUCAGCACGGACAUUACUCCACCGCCGACGUCCUGCUCAGAGCCGGCGUCAGCAGAGACGCCCGCACCAAAGUGGACAGGACCCCGCUGCACAUGGCCGCCGCCGAGGGACACACGGUCAUUGUGGAGCUGCUGGUCCGGAGCGGCGCAGACAUCAACGCCAAAGACAUGCUGAAGAUGACGGCUCUGCACUGGGCUGCUCAGCACGGACACCACGGCGUCGCUGAAACCCUAAUCAAACACGGCGCCGAUGUCCAUGCGCUCAGCAAGUUUGACAAGACACCAUUCGACAUUGCCGUUGACAUCCAGAACACAGAGCUGAUGCUGCUGCUGCAGGAGGGCAUGCAGAACCAGGUGAACAUGAACCAGGUGAACAUGAAUCAGGUGAGUAUGAACGUGGAGACGAGCACCACCACCAACCAGCCUCAGUUCAUCAUCCAGGGAAUACCUGCCAUACAGGGAGGUGUGGUCAACCUGGCCGAGCUGCUCAACAAGGCCAACGCAGGAGACUCAGAGGAGGCGAUGGCGGCCAGCGCUCUGGACUCAAACAUCCAGCACGCCACUGUUGUCAACGAGGGGGGUCAGAGGGUCAUCACCAUAGUAACAGACCAGCACGGCAACCUGCAGACCACCGGGGGGAUGGCCCAGCCGUUCUUUGUCACCAUGCAGCACGGACAGCAGAUGCUGGCGGUGCCGGCCAACACAGUGACAGAGGAGGUGGUGACGGAGGACCCUCAGCCUCCACCCAGCAGGAAGAGGAAGCUGGAGGUGACAAACAACCACAACGACACAGGAGAGACGGAGCUGUUGCAGAGGCAGCUGCAGGAGGCCAACAGGAAGGCGCAAGAGUACCGACAGCAGCUGCUGCGUAAGGAGCAGGAGGCCGAGGAGUACCGCAUCAAACUGGAGGCCAUGGCCCAGAGUCAAGCCAACAGCACCAACACCAACGCCACCGGCAGCACCACCGCCAAUGCCGCCGCCAGCCCCGAGGAGGUGGUGGGAGGGGAGGAGGAUGAGGAGGACGGGGCCGCCGGCGUGGUGGAGGAGGAGGGGGAGAUGGUGGUGCUGCAGGAGGGAGGCAUCAUCAUGGAGGGGGAGGAGGGUCAGGUGACGCUGGUAGAGACGGGGGGAGAGACGACAGAGGUCAGCUCCUAACAGAAAGGGAGGGGGGAGGAGGAGGAGGUGACACCAACGUAAAGACGCGUCGUAACAGGACGGUUGGUUUGACUCACAAGAAUCCCUGAACAAUUUGGUACAGCAGAGGCAAAAUGGCUUCCCAGAGAGACAGAGUGAAAACAGACUAAAGAAACAAGAUGGUGGAGCUCAGUCAUGCACCAUUUUGAAUCCCUGAGUGAUUUGAUACCAACACUUCACUGAAGCAAACAAAAUGGCAUCCUUCAAAAAACAGUAGGAGAAAGAGGAACUGACAGAGGCCUAAACAAACAUGACGACAGAGUUCAGUCAUGCACCAUUUUGAAUCCCUGAAAAAUUUGAUUCUAACACGUCAGAGAGGAGAAGCAAAAUGGCCUCCCCAAAAAAGCAAAAUAGCUGGAGGAAAAAGAGAAAGACAGGCUUGAUGCGGACUUAACAGUCAUGUAGUUUAGUCGUGAACCAUUUUGAAUCCCAACACGUCAGAGAGAAGCAAAAUGGUUUCUCCAACAGUCAGAAGAGAAAAACUGGAAACAAACUCCACAAACAUGAUGGUAGAUUGAAGUCAUACCCCAUUUUGAUUUCCCACUAGUUCUCUUAAUUUUAGCAGGAUGCAAAAUGGCUGCUGCAGAUGGAAAUGAAGCUGGAUGAAUGGAUCAAAGAGACUUUUGUUUUCAUCAGGGAUCCCAAACCAAAUCAGACAUAACGACAGGGUUUGGGCGGACAGUGCUCACCUGUUUUCUUAACAUCACUUUUAAUGCACCAUUUUGCUUCCCUGGUUGGACUCUGAGCAAAUGCUGCAGGAUGAAUUAAACAAGACGGCUGGUUUGUGUACAAUAAGUGAAUUUAGAGUUUUAGUUCUGUGUUUUGGAUGCGAUUGGUUAUCCCUGCUAGAGCCAUUUGUAUCUUUAUCUCUUAUAUUCAGUUUUACUGGGAAAAUCAACAGAACCAACAACAGCAGUUUGUCUGAGGCCUUCAUAACUCUUCAGUCUGAUAAAUCGGGACCAUGUCACCCAGUCACUCAAACCUGGCGCCAUUUUGCUUCCUCAGAGGACAAUAGACAAAGGAAAAGCCUCGUUCUCUGUUUGAUUUUUGGACACUACAACAACUCACUCUGAACUGUUUCCUGCUUUUUGUUGUUGUUUUUUUGUUUAUAUAGUUUUUGUUGUUGGACGUUAGUUUUCGGACGUGACUUCAUCAUGUGUAAAAACGCGACAAACUCCACUGACUUCCUGUCAGAGCGCCAAACAAGAUCUCCUGUUUACUUCCUGGAAAUGAAAGUGGGGAAGCCGAAUGGUGAGAGUGGAGCUGUUCUUGAAGCAAAGGGAAUCAUCUGCUCUGUUUCUUGUCGCUCGUCAACAAACCCACUGAUGUUUGAAUAUAAACUGAUCUUCAUCCUCAGAUCCAGGUUCCUGACCAGAACCGAACCAGAUCCAUCAUGGAAACCUUUCAGUCGUUCAGUAAUUAUGAUGAUUCUUCUUUAAAACCAGCUUUGUUUUCCAUCGUCAGCUCGUUGGGUCCAACAGGGCUGAUACUCUCAAUCAGGUUUAUUAUCAAUUAGUCUGCCAGUUAUUGGUUGAUCGAUUGAAAAUGGUGAAAAAUUCCCGUCAGCUCCUCUCACAGUUGAGGGUUUUCAGAUGUGAUGAACCAAAACCCAAAGAUUCAGUUUAAUAUCAGAGAAAAAAAAACAUUGUAAAUAUGAAUAUUUGAGGAAGAUCGUUGCCAAUUAAAGUUCUGUUGAUAGACUUAUUGAUUAAUUUGCUUUACCUGGUUCAGGACUUCCAGCUCUUCAGUGGCUCAUCGUUAGUUGUGUUUCUCAUUAAUUCACGUGUGACGAUAAAACUCAAAAACAUCUCUGCAGAGCUGAGUUUUAACUCUCAGGACGUCCCUGUGCUUUUUAGAGUUUUUAACCCUUUAACUCCUGAUUGUCUCUGUUUUUACUUUCUGACUGAUUUCCUCUCCGUUUCAGUCCGUUCUCACAGUAAAACAUCACUCGUCUUUAUUUCCUGGUCAAAGUUAAAAAGCAACAAUGAAACAGUUGAGAGCAAAAGACUAUUUUUAAAUCUGGCCCAGAUGGUGCGUUUAGGGACAUUUAAAUAUCUGAGAUUUGAGACCAAAACAAAAAUCCUAAUUGACAGAAUUCUUUUGGAAGGAACUACCACAACUAACAAUUAAAAUGAUUGAUUAAUCUGUUGAUUAUCCUCUGGAACAGUUCAAAACCCCAAAUAUAUUUAGUUUAACAUUGACCAAGAAAAAAAGUUUUUGGUUAUUUUGAGAACUUAAAAAAAAGAUAAAUAUUGAGGUUUGAGGGAAGAACCGGUGCAUUUUUUCAUUUUUGAUAAUCAGUUAUUAAAAUAUUAGUUUUCUGUCUGACACUUAUUAAUCAUCUAAUUAUUGCAGCUCUAAUGUUAUUUUCUUGAUCGUUUAGACUAUUAAAUAAAACAGUCGACAAUGAGCACUUAGAGUCACUUUCUGAUCAACAGUGAUCAGAAAUAAAAGUCAUUUAUGAAUCUUCACUGUGAAUCUGAGAAAAUAUUCAUAAGUUAAAUGUUUCCCUGUAUUUUUACCUUCAAUGGAAACAAAUUCAACAUUUUCUUUUGCUCUAAAACAUCUCUAACUUUUCUUUAACGAAACAGGUGAGAGUCGACUGGAUCUGUAGUCAGAGAUGAAACAUCUAAAUCCUCCAGUCUGGUCCCUCAGAGGGUUGUUGUUGACCCUGAUUCUCCUGUCCUGGUUCAGCCCUGUUCGGUCCCACAGCCUGUGAUCAGUUAUUGAUUAUUGCCCGUCAGCUGAUUUUCAUGUUUGGUAGCUUGUUUCCUCUCCGUCGUGCCCUUUCUUCCUCUGAUCAGUGAUUCUGCGUCAUUUCAGUUGAUGAUAGUUAUUUUUAUAAAGCUCAGCGAAGCCAACCUUUUUCUAUGUACAUAAAAAGUUGUAUUUUUUUAACUGUACCUGAAUGCUUCAACAUAAUGAUGAUGAUGAUGAUGAUGGCUGCCUGCAUUGGAUCUGAAAUAUAAACACUUUUUUUGAAUAAGAUUCGAGUG